AGGAUGGGGGAGCGUACGCGGGCGGAGCCGGGGAAGGCCUAGGUUAUGUAUGGGUGCAGAGUUCGCCAUGGUGGUGGAAUCCGCUUGAUGGGCUGCGAUUCCCUACCCGUCAGAGUCAAAGUUCUCAUGGGAUGCUAGCGCAUUACCCCAGGCGCCCCCCAGAUUCGGACCAUCGGCGCUGUGCCUCUUGGCGGACUCGUGCUGGUCAAUGAUAAUCCUGAUAAUCCUCCGUGGUGUGGUCAUUCUCGGAUGCCCUCGGCAUAUUGCUCCCGCCUCAACACGCCGCCAACGUCAGCCACUCCUUGUUCGCGAAAAAGAUGCCGCGGUACGUUUCCAUCCUGUGAUACAGUACGGAGUAUCUACCAUCACAGUAAGUACACAGUACGCUCUCAUGCGUGGUGAGGGACGGUGGUGGCGCAUCGUCGUCGCCUGCACGACAUCGUCAAAACGUCCAUCGACGUUGAUCGCAGUGGAAUGGCCCGGAUGUCCAGCCCGAGUCAUUGGGAGGCAAACCAUCCAUCGCAGAGAAGUCGGACCCAGAACAGAACUCCGUAGGGGUUUGAGCGGAUUUACGUUUCUGGAAUGGAACUGUUGGGAAUGCGCGUUCCCGAACUGCGCCAUUGGCCGCAAGAUUCCUCCUGUGGACCUGAUAACAAGCCAACAUAAUCAUGCAGAGCCGUAUACUACUACCAGGUGACACUAUACUUGUGGAUGUAGCCGACAACGCACAGCGCGUGCAGAGUCAAAAAUUGCGGGAUUUCCCUCCAGGGCGGACAUUGUGGAGCUCUGA